AGCAAAGUGAAAAAGCACGGGGUGAACAAGGUCCGGGGCGUAAAUAGUGGCGUUUGAUUGUUUACCCCCACGUGAAAGAGACCACAGCAACGAAACUACACGUACAGAUUUUUACUUUAUCACUGAACAGGGGGAUUUCAAAUUAUCACAGUAUGACCUACGAGUAUCGCCAAAGCCUACUUUUGAGACAGAAGUGGUCUGGGGCGGGACUUGACAGGCAGUUGGUGAUAUUCUAAACUUUGUACGAGGCAUAUAAACAGUGGUCUCCUGCCGAGAGGAACUAGCAGUUACGUGAGUUAAUAGCAAGUCGGAAAAAAGUCACUGGUUUCAAUGGCAGCCGAUGUAAGACAGAGUGGAUCACAGCUAAACUCUAGACCAUUUUUAAAACUGCCGAGGUUAGGACAAGAAAAAACUAUGUUACCUCCGUCUACGCCUCUCACGGAUCAUUUGGAGUCAUAUUAUCAUAACGUGGCGGUUAUUCCUGAGGGAAAAUUAGUGACACUACGAAAACGGGCACAGAAAGUCAUCGACACCUUACUUCCUCGCAUGCGGACCAACAAGUUCGACAUCAAGUUUGCCAAAAGUGUUAUUUAUGGUGGGAGUGUGUUUGACGGAACACAGGUGAUUUCCGCGAAAGAAGUUGAUGUAUUUCUUCCUUUCGAUGAAGGGAAAUGUACUACCGAUUUAAUGGAGCCUGGUUAUAUGCGUGUGAUAAUCCCCAGGACUCCGAAAAACCCUCCCAACGCACCUGACAAGUACAGGUACGGUAGGAACGAACAUGACAGGAAGCACCUCUCCCCUAUCAGAGUAGACAAGAGUGUUUACAAAGUGAUUGAACACGCUUUAAAGUAUCCAAUAGAGAUACCAAAUAUUACUCUCAUCCCCUUUGAGGAUGAACCACAAGGGAAAGCAAGGGUCGCCCUGAUGGUGAAAUCUACUAUCAAACUGAACAUCAUCCCGACGAUCGUAUUAAAAGGAAACAACGCUAAUCCGCCUUUCGAUUAUCUUGUAACGAGAACGUACUGGUAUGACGAGUACCCUGGUUCCGAGCUCUUAUGGAGGUACUGUCAUCACGAAAAAGAACAGAGAGUGAUGAAAACGAUGGAGCUCGCAGACAGGGGUACCAGAAUCAAAGCUUUCAAAAUAAUCAAAGCAAUGUUCAGGCGCGAAAAAACUUUACACGGACUCAGCUCCUACCAUUUUAAGGCGGUGUUGUUUAACAGCUUUGACUGUGACGUUGACACGUCUCCGCGAUGGCAACGAGACCAUCUUGAGACGUGCUUUCUUAUCAUGUUAACGGACCUCUUGCAGAGCAUUUCGACUCGUAAUUUGCAAGAUUUUUUCUUGGAAGGCUUUAAUCUCCUUGCAAAUGCUCCAACGCGGGAAUUCACAACGCUGAAAAAUAGAUUAGCCAUGAUAGUUAACAACGAAUCAGAACUGAUAAGGAUACUUAGAAAGAUCUAAUAGAAUUACUAUGGACCAUAGCCGUUAAUUUUAAUGCCAAUGGCGUGUAUACAAGAGGCAGCUUCAGAGGGAUAAUUUUUCCCCGAUUCUGAUUCUCCUGGACAAUCUCGUUUCAUUUCAAUGCAAUGAUGGUGCUAACUAAGGUAAUCCUAGGAUAUUUCUGCAUGGAACUUAAUUGAGGGAAAUCUUUUUAGUGUUUUUUAUAGACAUAACUGUUCAUCGAUAUAGGUUACCAGACAGCAAUUGCUGUUGUGUUAGUUGUGACGUACUUGCAGGUAUGACCUCUACUAAUGCAAUGCGAUAGACUUCUGUUACUGGCCUCGAAGGAAAAAGAUUUUAAUUCAGUUAAAACUAACUUUCUAGGAAUGUUUAAAAACUAUUUUACUAGUGUUAUCCUUAUUACUUACUUGUAAUUAUAUUAUAUUAUACUACUUGGGGGAUAGUGAAAUAGCUCUGAUAAUUUGGAAGGGAUUGAUUAAUAUGUUAUAACAGCAAACAGUUUUGCUUUCAUAAACAACUGAGCAUCUUAGUGCUCAAUAUUUACAUCUGACAAGAACAAAUGAAAUCAUGCCAAUUAUUA